AUGCACGAUUAUCUCUACAUUCUCGGCGUCGUCGCCAUGGCCGCCGCAAGUCACGCGCAGAUUCUCAACGCCCAGCAAAUCACAGCAGUCAAAGCACGUCUCGCCGAAGGCGCAACUCACAGCUGGGAAAUCGGCACCCAAUCCGAAGCCCUCCUCGAACUCGACACACCCUCCUUCUCUGUCUUUACUGCCCCAGUACCUCCCAUCUCACCUGCCCCGCGCUCGCUCAACGAAGUCCUCAUCAUCGCCGACCGCGUGCUCGCUCAACAAUCCACGACGGGCACCGGGAGCGCCGUCUCGCUCUUUCCCGGCGACGUCUCUGCGGCCGAUCCCGCCAGCGUCGGCAUCGCCGUGCUCCUGGCGGGCUGGACGGGCGAGCGCGGGCACGAGUACUCCGCCGCCGCGACGAGCGAACGCAACUACCUCAUCGAGGUCGCUCCUCGUACCCCGGACGGGGCGAUCUCGCAUCGCGCGGCGCAGGUGCAAUUGUGGAGCGACUUCGUGUACAUGGUCCCGCCCUUCUUGGCCUACUACGGCGCCAUCACCGAGUCUUCUUCUGACGUUGACGAGGCGUUCAACCAGAUCAAGCUCUAUCGCGACUACCUGCGCGACAACAGCGCCAGCGGGCUAUGGAAACACAUCCUCCUGGGCGAGUCAGGGAACGACGAGGGGCACUGGUCGACAGGAAAUGCGUUGGUUGCGGCCGGCAUGGUCCGCGUGUUCGCGACCUACACUCAAUCCUCCUGGUACCUCGCCACAGCUGGCCGACGCGCGGAGCUUAUCAACUGGAUAACCGAUAUCCAUGCCGCGAUGUACGCACACCAGCACUCCAGCGGCCUCUUCCAUAACUACGCAGACGACCGCUCGACCUUCCUCGACGCCGCCUCCGCCGCGCUCCUCGCCUCGACCGUCUACCGCCUCGCCUCCCUCACUGGGAUCGAGACCUUCAUCGCCCAGGCCGAACGCACGCGCGAGGGCCUCUUCGCGCCCAACCCGAACGGCUCGUUCGCGCACUUCGACGCCGACUUUUGGCUGAAGCCCGUCGGCAACCCGUACAACUACGCAGCGCCAGGUAGCCGGAGUCCGGAGGCGCAAGCGUUCGUGAUCGAGCUGCAGGCCGCGUACCGAGAUUGGGCGGGCUUGUCUUGA